UGUCAUCAUGAUAUUUCUGGGAAAAGCAAGAUUUUUCUCUCUCUUUCUGAUGUCUCAUUAUGUUGUUAAAAUUUGCAUUGGAGGAGAUGUCAUCACAGCAACUGAGUAUAUCCAAGACCCUGGAAGUAUAACAUCAAGUGGAGGUCUCUACAGAAUGGGAUUCUUUAGCCCUAAUGGUUCUGCAAAUCGCUAUGUGGGGAUUUGGUACAAUAAUGUUCCUACAUAUUAUGUUCUGUGGGUAGCGAACAGGGAGAAUCCGAUUUUAGACUCUUCUGGUGUCGUGACGAUAUCUGAUGAUGGUAAUCUUGUGGUCAUGAAUGGAAAGAGGGAAUUAGUUUGGUCAUCAAAUGUUUCCAACUCUAUAACCGAUGCAAAAGCUCAGUUGUCGGAUUCUGGGAACCUUGUCUUGCUCAAACAGAGCUCUAAUUCUAGUGCAAAUGAUGCAGAGACUCUCUGGGAAAGUUUCCAGCACAUGACCGAUUCAUUCUUAGAGAAAAUGAAGCUCAGCACUAACUCAAGAACAAAUGAGAAGCAGACACUAACAUCUUGGAAAUGCCCUUCUGAUCCAUCAAUUGGAAGCUUCUCGGUGAGUCUAGAUUCAAUGAACAUUCCACAAGUUUUUACUUGGAAUGGCACCGAACCAUAUUGGCGGAGUGGUCCAUGGAAUGGUGAGACUUUUAUUGGAGUGCAGGGCAUGGAAUCGGUCUAUCUCUAUGGAUUUAACCUUGUUGAUGAUAAGGAAGGAACUGUCUAUGUCACCUUCAGUUAUGCUAAGAGGCCUAUCCUGUCUUACAUUUUACUGAAAUCAAGUGGUGAUAUAGUACAGCCGUCUUGGGAUCGUGAUGGGAAUAUCUGGGAGAUUGUUUGGUCAUCUCGGGUGACCAAUUGUGAUGUUUAUGGCAAGUGUGGGCCUUUCGCCCUCUGCAAUCCCAAGAAAUCACCAAUUUGCAGCUGCUUGAGAGGUUUUGAGCCUGAACAUAAUGAGGAAUGGAGCAGAGGGAAUUGGUCCAGUGGAUGCGUCAGGAAAACGUUAUUGCAAUGCACUGGUAGUACAAAUAAUAGCAGUAAAGCAGGCAAAGAGGACGGAUUUUUUAAGCUGAAGAAAGUGAAAGUGCCAGACUUUGCAGUUUGGACUUCUCCUAUUGAAGCUGCCUGCCCAGCACUGUGCUUAACUAAUUGUUCAUGUGUGGCAUAUGCCUAUGACCCUGGCAUUGGUUGCAUGCACUGGAGUGGAGACCUACUUGACCUACAGAAGUUCUCCAUUGGAGGAACAGAUGUUUACCUUCGUCUAGCUCACACAGACCUUAAUGAAAAAACAAAUCUGAGAACUAUUGUUGCAGCUACAGCUGUUACGGGAACAAUCAUUCUUGUUAUUGCACUGUGCUUUGCUUGGAAGAAGGUGAAAAAACAAGGAGUUAAGAAAAGCAUGGAAAUGCACUUUUCCGAUGGAGAACCAUCUUUAAUGGUUUCUGAUGAAACCAAGUUUGGAGAGAACUUGGCCAAAGUUAAUCUCCAGGAGCUUGUGCUGUAUAAAUUUGAAGCAUUAGUUGCGGCAACAAGCAACUUCAGUAACAUCAAUAAGCUUGGUCGGGGUGGUUUUGGUACCGUAUAUUGGGGGAGACUGUUAAAUGGACAAGAAAUAGCAGUCAAAAGAUUAUCAAGAACCUCGGGACAAGGGCUGAAGGAAUUCAUGAAUGAAAUGGUGGUCAUUUCAAAAGUUCAACACAGAAAUCUCGUUAGACUCCUCGGAUGCUGUGUUGAAGAAGAAGAGAAAAUACUCAUUUAUGAGUUCAUGCCAAACAAGAGUCUGGAUGCAUUUCUCUUCGACCCGCUCAAACCAGAAAUUUUGGAUUGGAGAAGAAGAUUCAACAUCAUUGAUGGAAUUUGUCGAGGCCUACUCUAUCUUCACAGGGAUUCUAGGUUAAGAAUAAUUCAUAGAGAUCUGAAAGCAAGCAACAUUCUUUUGGAUGAAAAGCUCAAUCCAAAAAUUUCUGACUUUGGUAUAGCCCGGAUAUUUGGGGGCAGCGAAGACCAGGCGAAUACACGAAGAGUUGUUGGAACCUACGGUUACAUGGCUCCAGAAUAUGCAAUGGAAGGGCGAUUUUCAGAAAAAUCUGACAUCUAUGGCUUUGGUGUGUUAUUAUUGGAGAUCAUAAGUGGAAGACGGAACACUGGCUUUACUGAGGAAGAUCAAUGCUUGAGCCUUCUAGGAUUUGCAUGGAAACUGUGGAAGGAAGACAAUGCUUUAGCAUUAGCGGAUCCAAAAAUGUCUAUCAAUUGCUUUGAAGUUGAGGUUUUGAGGUGCACAAAAGUGGGCCUACUUUGCACCCAAGAACUUGAAAAAGAUAGGCCUACCAUUUCAACUGUCAUUUCAAUGCUUAACAGUGAAAUUGUUGAUCUUCCGAGUCCAAAGCAACCUGCAUUCACUGAGAGGGAAAUAAACCGAGACCAGGAUUCCUCUGAACAAAGCCAGAAGAAAUAUUCUGCCAACAAUAUGACUUUUACCACUGUUGAAGGCCGAUGA